GGAACUUAAAGGGCCGGCUCUUUCCGCGGCCGCGGGAUGCCCCUGUGCUGACCGCCGGGGGCCGGUGCCCGCCCGCGUAGACGCACCCGGCCUGACCCCGCGCCACCAUGUAAACGGCGCCAGCAGGCGGACGCUGGCUUCUCCGCCUGGGACCCCUCCGCCCCGACCCGGGCCCCGCGGCCCUCGAUGAGGACACACCAUGCUGACCGGGGUGACCGACGGUAUCUUCUGUUGCCUGCUGGGCACGCCCCCCAACGCCGUGGGGCCAUUGGAGAGCGUCGAGUCCAGCGAUGGCUACACCUUUGUAGAGGUCAAGCCCGGACGCGUGCUGCGAGUGAAGCAUGCAGGACCCGCCCCGGCCGCUGCCGCACCUCCGCCAUUAUCCGCAUCCUCGGAUGCAGCCCAGGGGGACCUUUCUGGCUUGGUCCGCUGUCAGCGCCGGAUCACCGUGUACCGCAAUGGGCGGUUGCUGGUGGAAAACCUGGGCCGAGCCCCUCGAGCCGACCUCCUGCACGGGCAGAAUGGCUCUGGGGAGCCGCCGGCCGCCCUGGAGGUGGAGCUGGCCGAUCCAGCGGGCAGCGAUGGCCGCUCGGCCCCCGGCAGCGGCAGCGGCAGCGGCAGCGGCAGUGGCAGUGGCGGGCGGCGGCGGCGAGCCCGGCGCCCCAAGAGGACCAUCCAUAUUGACUGUGAGAAGCGCAUCACUAGCUGCAAAGGCGCCCAGGCCGACGUGGUGCUGUUUUUCAUCCAUGGUGUCGGCGGUUCCCUGGCCAUCUGGAAGGAGCAACUGGACUUCUUUGUGCGCCUAGGCUAUGAGGUGGUGGCUCCUGACCUGGCGGGCCACGGGGCCAGCUCUGCGCCCCAGGUGGCCGCAGCCUACACCUUCUAUGCGCUGGCUGAGGACAUGCGAGCGAUCUUCAAGCGCUAUGCCAAGAAGCGAAACGUGCUCAUCGGCCAUUCCUACGGUGUCUCUUUCUGCACAUUCCUGGCACAUGAGUACCCAGACCUAGUGCACAAGGUCAUCAUGAUCAAUGGCGGGGGCCCUACGGCGCUGGAGCCCAGCUUCUGCUCAAUCUUCAACAUGCCCACCUGCGUCCUGCACUGUUUGUCACCCUGCCUGGCCUGGAGCUUUCUCAAGGCCGGCUUCGCCCGCCAAGGAGCCAAGGAGAAGCAGCUGUUAAAGGAGGGCAACGCUUUCAACGUGUCAUCCUUCGUGCUCCGGGCCAUGAUGAGCGGCCAGUACUGGCCAGAGGGCGACGAGGUCUACCACGCCGAGCUCACCGUGCCGGUCCUGCUUGUCCACGGCAUGCACGAUAAGUUUGUGCCCGUAGAGGAAGACCAGCGGAUGGCUGAGAUCCUGCUCCUGGCAUUCCUGAAGCUCAUCGACGAGGGCAGCCACAUGGUGAUGCUGGAAUGCCCCGAGACAGUCAACACGCUGCUCCACGAAUUCCUGCUCUGGGAGCCCGAGCCCUCGCCCAAGGCUCUGCCCGAGCCACUGCCGGCGCCUCCAGAAGACAAGAAGUAAACGCCGGGUCGGCGGGGCAUCGCUUGGUGAGCACAGCCGCAGCAGGAGGAGGCCGGAGCCUGCGCCGGGUCUGCAGCGCAGACCACCUGGGCGGGCCGUUCGCUCCGGUGGGCGGGGCCAGGUCAGGGAGACGUCCCCAGGCUGGCUGGGCGGGGCGUGGCAUCUGAGAGAGCCCAGCGGACCCUCCGCUCUCUGCUUCGGUCCCGCGGGGCCCAUCGGCGUUUCGGGGUUGCAGCCGGGACCCUCGCGGAAGAUGACCUUGUACAGAAGCUCUCCCCCACUUUCCCCACGACGCCACGGUCGAGGCAGGCCCCCCACCCCGCUCUCUGUCUUCCGUGUCAGCCGUGCUUGAUCCUGGGACCCACGAUCCCCACGGGGACCCUCGGGGCCCCAUCCCGUUGCCCGAGACCCUCCCUACCCCCCAUUCCUCGGCGCUGGGAGCUAUUUUUGUCCA